AUCACUCUAGGCUACAGAACUCUGCUUUCAGAAGGGGACACAGCAGGUGUGAGUCCUGGUGACUGCCAUUACCUGUGCCUUAGAGAUGGCUCUGCAGAUCCCCAGCCUCCUCCUCUCAGCAGCAGUGGUGGCGUUGAUGGUGCUGAGCAGCCCAGGGACUGAGGGCGGAGACUCCCAAAGGCAUUUCGUGUACCAGUUCAAGUUCCAGUGCUACUUCACCAACGGGACGCAGCGCAUACGGCUCGUGACCAGAUACAUCCACAACCGGGAGGAGUACCUGCGCUACGACAGCGACGUGGGCGAGUACCGCGCGCUGACCGAGCUGGGGCGGCCGGACCCCGACUACUACAAUAAACAGUACCUGGAGCGAACGCGGGCCGAGCUGGACGCGGUGUGCAGACACAACUACGAGGGGCCGGAGACCCACACCUCCCUGCGGCGGCUGGAACAGCCCAAUGUCGCCAUCUCCCUGUCCAGGACAGAGGCCCUCAACCACCACAACACACUGGUCUGCUCGGUGACAGAUUUCUACCCAGCCAAGAUCAAAGUGCGCUGGUUCCGGAACGGCCAGGAGGAGACGGUGGGGGUCUCGUCCACACAGCUUAUUAGGAACGGGGACUGGACCUUCCAGGUCCUGGUCAUGCUGGAGAUGACCCCUCAGCGGGGAGAGGUCUACACCUGCCACGUGGAGCAUCCCAGCCUGCAGAGCCCGGUCACUGUGGAGUGGCGGGCACAGUCUGAGUCAGCCCAGAGCAAGAUGCUGAGCGGCAUCGGGGGCUGCGUGCUCGGGGUGAUCUUCCUCGGGCUCGGCCUUUUCAUCCGUCACAGGAGUCAGAAAGGACCUCGAGGCCCUCCUCCAGCAGGGCUCCUGCAGUGAUUCAGUGUUUUGACUGAGUUGACUGUCUUAGAUUGUAAGGCCUGCAUGUCCCUGCUCUGAAUUCCUGACUGCCAGUCUACCUGCCACUCUGUGACUCAGAGUCUUCCAUGGUACUAGUGUAUCCACCACCUCAGCUCUUGUGAUCUGGAGUCCCCCAGUCUCCGUCUGUAGCUCUGCCCCUGGGUGAUUCCAGAGACUCCAUGUGUACAGCAGCACCCCAGGCUUUCUGUCUCCACUCUGUAGUAAACCAAUGCUUAUCCCCUCCUAGAUUACAAAUAAACGAAACUCAGACUCUG